AAGUGAAUGACUGUUUAGAAAAAGAAGAAGCGAUAAACAAAAUUGUUUUCGCGCAAAUUAUUUUAUUAUUUUACUACUUUAAACAAAUCGAAAAAAAUGGAAUCAUUUUCCAUUGAUGAAAUUUCCAAUUAUACCAAUAGUAUCAUUACAUUUGUCUUAAAUGGUGCCGCCACAAAAUUGCCUCUAAAGGAAAAAGAUAUGGUCAGCACCAUAAAUAUCAAAGGGAAGUUGUUUCACAUGUCUUUGAAUCAGGCAAAAACAGCUUUGAAGGAGACUUAUGGUUUAGAGUUACUUGAUGUUCCGGAUUCAAAAACUGGUAAGGCUUAUAUUUGCAUUAGUCAAGAUACGGCCAAAUCACUGCUGCUGUACGAUGAAGAACAACAACGCCAUUUAACUUUAUUAUUUGUCAUACUUUCGUAUUUAUUUAUGCGUGGCUCCGAUACUCCAAAUCAAACGAAAACUAGUGAAGAGGAUUUGCUAUUAUUCCUUAAUGGUUUACGCAUUAAAAUGGAUGAAUAUCAUCCAUAUUUUGGACAAAAUUUAAAAAAGCUUAUAAUGGAAACUUUUGUUAAACAACUUUACCUAAAACGUGAAAAAGUUGUUAGUGAAUUGGAGUCAGAAACAAAAUUUUAUUAUUAUUGGGGUUUUCGAGCACAUGCCGAAUUCGAUAAGAAACUUUUAUUGGAUGCUGCCGCAAAAGUAUAUUUUAAAGAAACCUCCCACAUUUUUUGUUGCAAAACAUCUGGAAUUAUAUGGUAAUGAAGAUGUGGAAAUGGCUAAUGCAAAUAAUUGAAUUUAAAUAAAUUCAUUAUAAUUAAUUUAU